AACUGACCCUCUGUGGGGUCAGGAGGGCUGUGUGGGACAGGUUGUGAAAUAAAUAACAAUAAUCAUUUGUUUAGUUUUUGAGAGUUCUUAAUUCAGGCGAGAAUAUUCGAAAAAUUGUUUUGGUUACGUGCACAGUGCUAAAAACGCAGCAGCAAUGGAGACAGCGCAAUCGAAAGUAAGUUGUGCAACAUCCCCGUGGGGCAAGUUGAGUCAACCAGCUGAAACGGUUUCUUUUGCGGAUAUUAUGUCUGAACAAUUAGCGAGGGAUUUACAACUGAAAGAAGAGGAAACCAUCUAUAACGAUACAUCAUCACAACCUACAUCUGCAACGCCAGAACUGAUCGCAAAUUCUCCUGAUUGUGAUAGUGAUCGCGUGAUUGCGCAAAUGUUACAAGUACAGUUCCAUGAAGAAUAUGACAAAAUGUUAAGAAGAACGGAAAAUAAGUUCAAUGGUACGUCAAAAGUGUCAGUGUCCUUUUCAAAUUAUAGAAUAAUACCAGAUAAUCUUGCCCAAGAUAGUGACUCGGAUGAUUAUGACAUCGAUGAUAAACACAGGGUAUGGGACAGUUUUGUGAAAUCAGACAAAGCCUUUAAAGAAAUGCCUAAGUGCGGCUAUAAGAAACAAGGCACGGAAAUGGUUACAAAGCACGACAUAGAAAUGUCAAGUCGCAGAAAUGCGUCCCGAGUAAAGGACUUCCCACCAGAAUUUCACACUGGUGACGGCGGAGGGUUUGAUAUGCAACUUUCAAACAAGGUAUUUAACAGUUUAAAAGUCUACUCACGUAAUGAACAGGCAAGAAGGAAUAGACUCACCGAUAAGUGUGACCAGGCAACGGCAGAGUUGGGUGUGGACCCGAAAACACGUUUACUUUUGUACAAGUUAGUGAAUCAGGAAAUUUUGGAGAGAGUGAAUGGGACUUUGAGCACGGGGAAGGAAGCUGUGGUUUUGCAUGCCGAUGGAGGAUCAAACACUGAGUGUGUGGCUCCGAAGGAGUGUGCCGUUAAAGUAUUUAAAACCACUUUGAGUGAGUUCAAAACUCGUGACAAGUACAUACAGGAUGACUUCCGUUUCAAAGAUCGCUUUUCAAAACAGAAUCCCCGGAAAAUUAUCCACUUGUGGGCAGAGAAAGAAAUGCACAACUUAAUUCGCAUGCAGAAGGCAGGUAUUUUGUGUCCAGAAGUUGUAAUUUUCAAGAAGCACAUUUUAGUGAUGUCGUUCAUCGGAGAAAAUCAUAUGCCAGCACUGAAAUUGAAAGAAGCAAAUUUAAAGUGUGCCGAGUUGAGUCUUGCAUACGAGGAUUGUAUAUCGACUAUGAAAAAGUUGUAUAAUGAUGCUCAUCUUGUACAUGCUGAUCUUUCAGAGUACAAUAUCCUGUGGCGUCAAGGGAAGUGUUGGUUUAUUGACGUCAGCCAGGCCGUGGAAAGAAAUCAUCCUCGGGCAUUAGAAUUUCUCUUCAGGGACUGUACCAAUAUAUCAAUUUUUUUUACUAAGAAGGGACUGUCUGAUGUCGCUUCCCCGGAAGAAAUAUUCAAGGAAGGUGGAACAGCUGUCUCAGAAGAUGGACCAAUGUCAAUGGAUAAAGCCCAAGAUUUUGAGAGAAAUGAGGAGUUAUUAACUUUUGAUCAGGCGGAGAAAGUGUAUUCAUUUGAUUAUUGUUGGGAAAAAUCAAAGCCAUAGGAAAUGUGAGGUAACUGGGCAGAAGUGCAAUAUUUAUGGAGCUGUUUUUUAAGAUGUCUGUGGGAAUAUAUGCCAUUGGUCAAAACGGUAUCUAAAAAGCAGAAUUCCACAUUAUGCAUUUUGUAACUUAUCAGUUUUUGGAAAGACUCAUGGAAGAACAUGCACUAAUUAUGACCAUUUCUAUUUUUUCCUACAUUUAUAUUUCUGUUAAGAAUAUCAGGGAACUUUUAAUUUUUCUGUUAGUUACAUCCUACUCAAUUCUUUAUGCGAAACGCAUUUGCUUGAUCAUUUAAAGUUCCUUAAAUGUUCUAUCUCACAAAAGACUUGGAAAUGGAUGUUGUGUGUACAAAUGUGUAAGAACUUGUAAAAUAAAUAAAAAGUAUUAUUUCUUUUU